AGAGGCCCCACGGUUGAAAAACUGAAAAACAAGAUCCACUUUUCUUCAGUUUUAUGUAGAAGUGUCUACUAUUCUCGAUUCUUUUAUCAUCCACUUCUCUCGUUGGAAUUAGACCAGCAGUUUCGGCAAUUAUCUAGAAAAGCUGAAUCGCGUUUAGUUUUUCCCCUUCAAGAACCCGCAACUACCUUCAAACUGUCGUGGUGUGCUAGUAAGCCCUCGGCCGUAGUCCCCCCGCAAGUACCCGCUAGUAUUGAAUCGCCCAACAUGGUCGCAAUUCCGGGUUUCAAAACCACGUACGAAGUCCUCAAGCCCGGCCAGGGAGCCGCGGUCGCGAAGAGCGCAACGGUCACGGUGCACGCCACUGGAGUGGUCAAGGAAACGGGAAAGAAAUUUUGGUCCACCAAAGACCCAGGACAGCAGGCGUUCACCUACCAAGCCGGCGUUGGUAUACUUUAUUUACUGGAGCAGCUUUGCAAUGUUCUACUUGCCUAGGAAUGAUGAAUCUCCAUGCAGGAAGAUCAUGGCACAAGUGGAAAAAAUGUUAUCGAAUGCAAAAACUAUAACCAGGUCAAGUAAUUACCGGGUGGGAUCAGGGCCUUUUGGGUAUGCAGCUGGGGGAGGAGCGCAAGCUGACCAUUCCGGCCAACGAGGGCUACGGUGCAGCCGGCUUCCCGGCGUGGGGAAUCCCGCCGAAUGGCACACUGGAAUUCACUCUGGAGGUCUUGACCAUUCAGUAAACUCCUGCUCAACACGCCAUUUGCUGCUCAAGGGGAAGAUUAUGUUCGGAUUAAGAGCAGUGCGGCCAGGGAUUUUUUGGAAUCGAGGAACAAUGCCCUGACAUAGAUCGACGCCUUAAGUAGUAGCAGCAUGGCGACAAAUAAAGAAUAUGGAAUGUUGAAAAUGAAGCAUACCAGGUGCGCAAUGCGACAAAGACUGAUCAAGUGCCACUUGAUUCAAGUGGAAAACUGCUUCUCGACAAACGUGUAAAUAUAGAAAAGCUGGACGUAAAUGAAAAUGACGAAAGAU